GAGAUGACCUGCUGCCCGUGCGCGAAGAAUUUUCCCGAUGGGUUGGAGAGGGUGGCCGGGGACCCCACGUUCUACUGCGGGCCGAGACGGGUGGGCAACACCAUCCUCCUGUGCGGGACCAAGGAAGGCCGCUUCCCACAGCACUGCCUGGUGGGCCCGAACUGGAUGUGCAUGCUGGCGACCUAUGGCCUCGUCCUUACUCCAACCCUCGCUCUCCUAAUUCUCGUAACCGGGGCGAAGUACUGGGUGGCGAGCUUCAUCGUUUGCAUCACGGGAUCCGCGUUGCUGCUGGCCUUCUCGAUGACGGCGUGCAGCGACCCGGGCAUCGUCUACCGUCCCGCGGAGAGGAGAAUACCCCCGCCGGCGGCGGUGGGCGGCGAGAGUGGGGGGCGUGGCGGAGAAACUGCCGUGGCGGACGCUACCCUGCCGCCGAUGGCCAUGGAGGAGGGCGGCUUGCUUUGCGGUCGGUGCGACGUCAAGCGGCCGGCGGGGGCAAUCCAUUGCACCGCGUGCAACGUUUGCGUCACCAAGUUCGACCACCACUGCCCAUGGACAGGAAAGUGCAUCGGAGAGAAGAACAUUAGAUUUUUCUAUCUCUUCCUUGGCUGCCUGUUUUUGCACGUGUUUGUUGUUGGCGCGCUGGCCCUGAUGCCAUCGGUCAAGCAGGCGCUGUGAGAAAUCGACGGGUGCGUGUUUGGGAGAGGCAGCAUCGUUUUCUCUUGUGCUUUUUUUUUUUUUUCUUUCCAGGCGUGUGUAACUGCGGUGAACGUAUGUCGUCUUUAAUUCUUGUCGUCAUGGCCCCUUGCUUUCGCUAGAGGACCCUCGGAAGCAGGCAGCGAAACGAUGGUUGUUGGAAGACUUGUCCCCUGUAGCCUAUUCCUGUAUCGAAGAGCAUGUUGAUGGUACUCUUAUUCUGUUUUAUUGCCUUUCGGCCCUCGUGUUUGUUGUGAUGAAGAUGCUUGUCGUGUGUUAGUUUCUAUUUUUUAGCCGGAGGACCCUCUGAAGCAGGCAGCGAUCUGCUUUGGGCUACGGUUACUCUCGUGUGGUCCUUGUUGCCUUCUUGUGCUGUGUGGUUUACAGAACGUUGGUACGGUGAGAUCGCGGUGCCCCACCGCACCACCUCCGUUCGGGUAUUGAAGCUGGACGGCAUGACAGACUAUGAGUGAAACAUGGCGUUACGGGGAUAGGGGUUGCUUUUUUUUCUCGGAGGUUGCGCUGCUUCCGAGACGCAUUCCGAACUUGCCGCUCUGUUUUUGUAUCUUUGUUACGGACUUCUUUUGUAUUUGUUUACCCCAUGUUUGUGCACACCUGCGAUGUAGCGUCGCUGCGUGGGGUGGGGGUAGACCGACAGAGACACUGCUUGGGAGCGGCUCUUGCAGGUAUUUCGGCACUACCGAUUUUCCAAGGCCGUUUUUUUUUUUCCGCUCAGCUUCUCGAAGGGACCAAAAUUGUCUCGUAACCGAAAUUGUGUUGUGUCACGCUGGCUGAAGCUGCGUCGCGUAGCGCCGCCUGAGAUUCUUAGCACCUUGUACGCGCGUGACAAGAUUAGUUUCAUUCCAGUGAAACAGCAGUUUCAUUUUUGUGCAUUAUUUGUUUGUCAAAACAGUGUAGUAGGCGAUUUAUUUGUUGAACCAGUGUGUAGAAGGAGAGAGGCCUGCACUGCUGUUGUUGAUUAAGGACGUGGCGUCAUCUCGUGAUUUUGAUUUUACCGGUUUGUUAGAGUGGUCCUUGGUCUGUUGCAACAAGUGUACUUUUCUGUGUGCACCUCUUUUUUCUUGGUUUGAAGCAGCUCCUAAAAGGCUAAUUGUUUUGUUUGCGGGUGCCCCGUUCGAUUUCGCUUCUCACUUUUGUCGUAGUGCUUGCUACCGGGAUAUGGAAAUUGGAGAAGAAGUGACUCUCGGAGCAAUAAAUCUUCAGCACGCGCGUGUUUGGCCCGUGUCUUAAACGAUGUUUCUGUCACCAUGAA